UCACCUCCUAAAAGUGAAAUAUCUAAUUAUGUAAAAUUGAACAACCCCCUUGUAAAUUCUGAAAAUAUUUGAACAACCAAUUCGCGUGUUUUACGUUAAUAUAUCUCGUACAAGAUGUCUUACGAUAAUUUUUUGGAUAAGUUGUCCUCAGUCGUCAGCUGUCAAACGCUACUGUCAAUGUCACUUAUAUCGUUGUUUUUCAAACACUCACUUCGGUACCUUCAAAACAUUCAUUUCAAUAUCUUCAAUCUUCAAACAUUCUCAAACAUUCUUAUACCUUCAUACAUAUUCAUAUAUCGUAUCUCAUUUGGUGGUUAUAUUAAAGUUUCAGUGCUAAUUGUUGACCAGUUUCAUCGCGAUCGCGUUAGAGCAGUUAUGUCAAACGAAAUCCCAAAUAAACGUCUGAUGACUAGUUGUAGCAAUGUAUCGGAGCAAGCACAUCAUGUAUCAAGAGCAAAACGUGGACAAGCAAUGGGAAGUGUAAGAGGUUUUCGAGGCUGUACAGUUUGGUUAACAGGUCUUUCUGGUGCUGGGAAAACUUCAAUAGCUUUCCAAGUUGAGGCAAUUUUAAUUGAUCAUGGAAUUGCUGCUUAUGGACUUGAUGGCGAUAACGUAAGGAGUGGUUUAAACCACAAUCUUGGCUUUACCAAGGAAGAUAGAAAAGAAAACAUAAGGAGGGUUGCAGAAGUAGCUAAAUUAUUUGCUGAUAGUGGACAAAUUUGUUUAUGUAGUUUUGUAUCACCAUUUGAAGAGGACAGACAAAUGGCAAGACAAAUUCAUAAAAUGUCUGAUCUCCCAUUUUUUGAAGUUUUUGUUGAUACACCUCUUACUGUAUGUGAAGCAAGAGAUACCAAAGGAUUAUAUAAAAAGGCACGUCAAGGAGCAAUCAAAGGCUUUACUGGAAUAGAUCAAAUGUAUGAAAGACCAGUAAAUCCUGAUUUAGUGGUAGUCACUGAAAACUGUACUCCAGAGGAAUCAGCUGCAACUGUUAUUGAUCUUUUGGAAAAACAGCAUAUUAUACCUGUACUUCAAAAAUCCGCAAUGCCAAUACGGGAGUUAUUCAUUCCAGAAUCACGAAUAUCUUCUGCCAAAACAGAAGCUGCUACUCUUCAGAACUUAGAAAUUAAUGAAAUUGAUGUGCAAUGGCUCCAGGUUUUAGCAGAAGGUUGGGCUGCACCUCUUACUGGUUUCAUGAGAGAACACCAAUAUCUGCAGACUCAACACCUAAAAUGCCUCCGUGAAGGUGACAGAGAAAUUAAUCAAUCUGUUCCAAUAGUCCUUGCAAUACAUACAAAAGAUAAAGAACGUUUGAAUGGACUUUCGUCUUUUACAUUGAGAUACAAAAACAAAGCUCUAGCAAUAUUACGCAGACCUGAAUUUUAUUAUCACAGAAAAGAAGAAAGAUGUGGUUGGCAAUUUGGUACUAACAAUUUAGGCCACCCAUAUGUUAAGAUGAUUCAUGAAUCUGGAGAUUGGUUAGUAGGUGGUGAUAUAGAAGUUAUUGAGAGAAUUAAAUGGCAUGAUGGUUUGGAUCAAUACAGACUUACACCAAAUGAAAUUCAAACAAAGUGCAAAAAGAUGAAGGCUGACGCUGUCUUCGCAUUCCAGCUUCGAAAUCCUGUACAUAUGGGUCAUGCAUUAUUAAUGCAAGACACUAAAAAACGUUUAUUAGAAGAAAGAGGAUUUAAAAAUCCUAUUUUAUUGUUACAUCCUCUAGGUGGUUGGACGAAGGAUGAUGAUGUACCACUACAGACAAGGAUUCUGCAACAUGAAGCUGUACUUAGUGAAGGGGUUUUAGAUCCUCAUUCAACAUUAUUAGCAAUUUUUCCAAGCCCUAUGAUGUAUGCUGGGCCAGUUGAGGUACAAUGGCAUGCAAAGGCAAGAAUGAACGCUGGUGCUAACUUUUAUAUCGUUGGAAGAGAUCCUGCUGGCAUAUUACAUCCUAACAAAAAUGCAACACCUGAUGGGAAUCUUUAUGAUCCUACUCAUGGAGCCCGAGUUCUCUUACUAGCUCGAGGCUUACAAUCGCUAGAAAUCAUACCGUUUAAAGUUGCAGCAUAUGAUAAAAAAUAUAAAAAAAUGUCCUUCUUCGAUGAGAAAAGAAAAGAAGAUUUUGAAUUUAUAUCAGGGACAAAAAUGCGUUGUUUAGCAAAAGCAGGUGAAAAUCCACCUGAUGGUUUUAUGUCACCUAAAGCAUGGUUUGUUCUUGCACAAUAUUACCAAAACCUAGAAAAGUAAAUAUUUAGUGCAAAAAUCGCUAGAAAUUAUUAACACUUUAGAAUGAAGUGUUUAUAGAGUAAAAUUAGUAUUUCAAAUAUUGGAAAAAAAUGAGUAAAGAAUAUUAAUACCUGAUGUAGUAUUAAUAUUAUUAUACAUUUAUAUAUUUGUACAUUUUAAUUGUACAGUACAGCGAUUUUUGCAUUUAUCUGUUUUAGAUAAGUUAAUAUCUUUUUGCAUUUAUUCUUAAAAUGUAUGUAUAUAUAUAUAUGUAUAUCCCUUAAUUUGAUUUUAUGUAAAUAUAAAAUUCAAUUACAUUUUUCACAAAAAUUUUAUAAAAAUAUAUAUGAUACAAAUAUGAUCUUUUAUUGUAUCUAUUUUAAGAAGUGUAUAUUAUAUCAUGUCUAAAAAAAAAAUUUGUAUAAUUUAAAUGUAAAUUUGACAACUAUUUAUAUAUGAUAAAAAUAUACAAACACUUGCAAAUGUUUUAUGUACAAAAGUAUCUGACACUCAAAUUCUUUUAUUGCCAUCAUAAAAUAUUAGUUUAAUUUACAAAUAAAAAUUUGAUGAUAUAGGAAAAUAAAUAAAAGUUAAAAUUGUACAAGAUGAGAUGUUCAAGUACAUAACUUAUUGUAAUUGUACGAUAAGUAAAACUACGCUUACCGUAAAAAUUUAAAUAAUUACGCGAUAUAUUACAAAUGGUCGUAAUGGUGAUUUCUUUAAUGAAAUGUAUGUAAAAAUAUAUAAAAAUCGUAUAUAGAUAUAAUAAAUUUCACUUGUAAUUUUACAACAAUAAAGAAACAAAAUUUUAUUACUAAAAAUGUCUAAUUUACCUUAAUAUAAGAAAGUAUUGUUAUAAAACAAGGCAAACAUUACUUUUAUCUAGAAUAUGGAUUUUUAUGCAAAUUAAUAUUUUUGAGAAUAUAAUUAAAGGAGUAGAAACUUAGUGAAAAAUUGUUUUAUCUACCAAAUAUUAUAGAAAACACUAUAUUUUGAAUACUUUACACAUUUUUUCACAGUAUGAGCAUUUUGUAAAAUUUUGCACUACCAAAUUUUGUAUAAAUGCAUAAAAAUCUACAAUACACUUACAACAUAAUUAAACAUUACUUAUAUUUAAAAUAUAUUUGAAUUAACAUUUGAGCAUUCAUUGCACAAUGUAUCCAAUUCUGUAACAUAAUUUCUGUUUUAAACAUACAAAGUUAUGUUAGAAAUAUAUAUCAUAUAUUGGAAAAAUCUUCGUCAAGAAGCUGUUGCACAAUAACUUCCUAAUGAGAAUUGAAAUGUACUUUAGAGAUGCAAGUGAAACAAGACACGUAAAUAAUUAAGCAAUUAGAAGUACGUUUUGAUAAUUCAGCUAGAAGGAUCUAUUUCAGAUAAAAACGAAUUUGGAAUAGGAAAUUAUGUCGCGAAUAAAUGAAAAAGCAAUGCUAUUAGAAGAUCUAUAUCUAAAUAUACAUCCGUGUAAGAAAAUAAACUAGUUACAAAAGAUAUUAAUCUGAAACACAGAAAAUAAAUGAUAAAUUCUAAAAUCAGGAAAAGAACUAUGAGAAGAAAAUUUAAUUGUGGAAGCGGAUGAAUUUGAGAAAGAUCUCAGCAUAGUAAAAGAAACGUUCACCUCCAUUAAAGGAAUUUAUCCAAAAAUUACUUUUACAAGAGCAAAUGCAGGUUGAGUAUAAAAAAACGGAGCUUUCAUUACAUUCGAGCGAAUAUUAAUCUAUUGGAAUUUCCGAUGGAUCAACUGCUUUAAAACGCGAAUUAAAUUAACUGUAAUAAGUUAAAUUAAUCUUAAAAGCAGGAGAAGGGCAGUUCAGAUCUAAAUUGCAUGUUGCAUUAACUAAUUAAAAUCUUAAAAUUAAUUAAAAUCUUAUAUUUUAUUAAAGAAUUAUGAAGAUACCAAAAAUUUUGGUCAUGUAUGUUAUCCAUUUCCAAGGAACAGUUAAAUAAAUUAGUGAAUAAAUUACAGAAAUAGAUAA